CCUCCCUAGCUAAAAACAACACUACCCUUUUUCUUCCUAUUCUAAAUCUAGGUAGUUCCCUUAAAAAUUCCCAUCUCAUUGAACCUAAAACUAAUUCCAUAGCAUUUUUCAACAUGAUCAAAAAAUCAAAUAUAUCAAACAAAAAAACAUGGCAAACCCACAUCAAAUAAUAGAACAUCAAAGGGAUGAGGCAGAGAUAUAUGAGGGAGAGGAAAUAUGCAAGGAAAAAUCACGUCUUCUCCUAGAUGAAAUUAUGCUUCCAAAAGGAUUGCUUCCUUUGGACAACAUUUUUGAAAUGGGUUAUAAUCGUAUCACGGGUUUCGUGUGGCUCAAGCAACCACAAAAGAAGGUGCACCGGUUCGAUGACAUUGGUCGCACGGUUUCAUUUGAUACGGUUGUCACGGCCUUCGUGGAGGAAUAUCGUAUGCGUAGAGUCACCGGUGUUAAGACUAAAGAGCUAUUCGUGUGGGUCAAUAUAUCGGAUAUCUUCGUCGAUGAAGCUUCUUCUAAUAAAAUAUCGUUUGCAAAUUCCUCUGGGAUUGCUAGGUCGUUUCCUCUCUCAGCCUUCAAUCUUCAAGAAGAACACACACCGCACGAACAUCUACAUCCAGAGUCAACAAUAAACUUAAUUUGAUUUUUUUUUUUAUCUUUUCUUUUAGGAUAAUUUAAUCAGGAUUGAAAUUAAAAAUGAGUUACAUAUUUAUACAUACACUUCACAGAUUUGUAUUUUAAUCUAGUGUUUGUUAUUUUCCUGAAUUUGGUUAGAUAUUUAAUUAAAAUAGUUAUACAACAUUUUCUUCAUCUAAGAAUGUUUUUUUAUCCUGUUAUGCAUAUAAUAAAU